CCCAUUCGCUGACGUCACACAAUACUUUUGUUUACAUUUUCUGGUUCGUGACGUUUUAGGUUAUUUCAACUUUACAAAUUUACAAAUUCGGAAGACUUUGAGCGUUGUUUUGUUUUUUGUGAAAACUGAUAAAAAAAAGUUAUAAAUUAAAGAAAAAAAUGAGUGCAGUGGUUAAUUGUGCUAGUGUAAGUGCUAAAGGAUCUGGGUGCGCUUUUUUUACUUUUCCGGCCGACAUUGAGUUGGUGGACGAUUUUCAACGCCCGAACCAGCGUCAUCUGUGUAAAACACUUCACCACUGAUGACUUCGAGAACGAGCUUCAAUAUAAAAUGGGCUACGCUAAAAAGCGUAAACUAAAGCGGGGCGUUGUGCCGACAAUUUUCAAGCCUGCUGCGGAAAUACUAGAUCCUGACAAGGAAGCCCAGCAGCAAGUGUACAAAACCAUUGUGAGCGAUCUACUGGAGCAGUCCACUUCCAAAGGCAUUACAAGUUUAUAUAGUUGAAGUUCUCCUAGUUAUAAAAAAGUACAUUUCAGAAGCCGAAGGUAUUAUGGGCCAUAACCGCGCUGACGAGGAGAACUGUGGCAUAUUGCCAGAUGCGUUGACGCCUCUGUGUUCCCCACAUCGUGCCACACCUAGCAAGGCGUUUUACUAUGACAGCACGCUUAAGGAGGUUGAAGAUCUGCAAGAAAAAUUACGAGCUUCAUUACGCGAAAACGCUUUUCUCAAAAGCGAACACAGCAAGCAACAAAGCGAGAUUGCGGCUUUAAAGCGAGAAGCGCAUUUGCAGCAGAAAAGGCAUGACUGGGAAGUGGAGUCCUUGCGUAAGAGCUUGUCGGAGGUGAGAAUGGAGUUGGCAAGUGUGGAAGAAAAGUUGGCAAAAAUUUUUUUCGAUUGGCGCAAUCUUGUAUUCUAUCAUUCUUGCCCAAGUAUCAUUAAUCUGCAUCAACAAGUUGGGGAGAUAUGACGAAUAAAAAUGUUCUCUCUGCUAGAGGCGUGUACUUUAUCUUUAAAAAUAAUAAUAUUAAUAGAGUUUCCCCCAGGGAUCACAUUAAUCUGCUGUAAAAACUUCAUAAACAUCGGUUUAGUACUUUGGACGCCUAUAAAAGACACACACACACGUACAUAUAUGUAUAUGCAUUCAUUUUUAUACCCGAGCGCACUUGUGCACAAGGGUAUUAUA